UACGCUAUUUCAUCUGUCCUCUUUUCAGACAACAUCUUCACACGCGGUGAUUUGGAUUACCGUAAUCUGGUAUUGGACGCAAACUCGGCCUCAUUGUACGUCGGUGCCCGUGGACGAAUUUUCCGAUUAUGGGCUUACAACGUGAACGACACUUCGGAAAACUUGUAUGCCGAUCUUCGUGUCAGUGUCCCGCCGGCCGAGCUGUCUGAAUGUCGGGCACUGGGAAAUUCUGCCGAAGAAUGUCAACCAUCAACAAGAUUCAUGGCAUUAACAGACAAUAAAGAACGACUAUAUGUUUUGCGUCUGCUGCGCUAUGCGUGCAGAGAUUCUGAUUACUUGACUGCCGUCACCCUGACGAGAUCGUCAGGAGCCACGAACAGAGAUCGGUAUCUGCGCCCCGGAUGCAACCGUCAACGCGACUGCCGUUAUAAAUGGGGAAAUCCCAGUGAGUUACCGUCAGUGUACUCGGGUAUUCGCACGGGUAUGGCCGGUGAAAACCAUCUUGAUCUAUCGGCCAGCUCUCGUCGACAAGGGAAAGGAAAACCUCAAUUCGUUGGUUCGUUCGAUGUCGGAGAGCAUGUGUACUUCUUCUUCCGCGAGAUCGCCAUAGAGAGUGGUGGACCGGAACGAAGCGUUUAUAGUCGAGUGGCCAGAGUGUGUAAGAGAAUAGGAGGUCGCGUUUGUCCUACGUCAAGGUGUGGACGCGUUCUUGGAAAGAGUCAUGAAUUUGUGUCAUCUCAAGCCGUCACUCGUGUCGAGACCUCUGAUGACACACUGUUCUACGCUACAAUGAGCACUUCAGAGACGGCAUUCGUCACAUCGGCGAUCUGCGUGUUCUCGUUCAAGAGCAUCAAUCAGCUUUUCCAUCAUGGCUUUUUCGUCGAUCCAAAUAGUCCCAAUUGGUUGCCACUACCCGCUGACGCAGUGCCAGAGCAUCGACCGGGAACGUGUGUCUCUAACUCACAUUCGCUGUCUGACUCGGACCUUGCACUUUGCAAAAUCUCAUCUCCUGAUGGCCGAACCCGUGGGAUGCCAAUAUUGGCCACACGAGACGUUAUUUUUACCCACAUUGCAGUCGACGUUCGCAGCGAACAGAACGUGAUUUUCGCGUUGGAUGGCAGAUCGAACACACUCUGGAAGGUGUCUCAUUGGCGUGAAGGUAACUCAUGGAAAUGGUUGGAAUUGGAAAAGAGGGAAAUUGGUGCUGGAGGGCCGAUCAAGGCCAUGACACUCUUGCCCGGAGAAUUCCUCUACUUUGCUUCUCGUUCUGCCGUCACUCAGUUCACCUUGGCAGCUUGUUCCAUGCACUCAUCGUGCGCCCUGUGUGCCGUCGAUCCGUACUGCAGUUGGCACGUGGCCAGAUCGGCCUGCUAUCCUCGAGAAAAGGCCCAUGGCCAGAGUUUGGGAUGGAUCUCGUCAUGGGCAGGGCGUGGUUCGUCCGAGUGUUCCGCCUCGGCAAAACCACGUGCACAGGCUGCCUAUCCGGGUGAUACUGUUCACCUCGUGGGUGCUCCCGGUGCUGUUUGGAAACGUGACGGGAAUAAUAUUACCCCAUCUUCACGUCUUUUGUUCACCGAUGCUGGUGGUUUGGUGAUUAUGGAGGUGUCGCGUGAAGAUAACGCCGACUAUGAAUGCUUUCUGAACGGACGACAAAUGGUCAAAUAUCGAUUGGUGGUAGAUCAUGAAGAAUGUACUAAACCACGAUCAGUGCAGGCCUACAAGUCCUGCCAACGAGAGUGGUGCAAGAAAGCCGACCAAUACAAGGCUGCGUUGGCUGAUUGGCAUGACGCCAAGCGUCGUAAU